AUGAACACGAUGGUAGCUGCAGCAGCCCUUGCUCUCCUCCACCUCUUUGGAGUUUCAGCCACACGCGCCAGCAGCGCUCAGUCGUCGUCGUCGUCACCACCACCAGCAGCAGCAGGCAUCUCCUCGUGCCUGCUCUCCACUGGCGUCACGAACUUCUCCCUCCCAACAUCCCCGAGCUACACGCCGCUCCUCGACUCCUCCAUCCGGAACCUCCGCUUCGCGCUCCCGAGCGUCGGCAAGCCGGCCGCCGUCGUGCUCCCGUCCACCAAGCGCGACCUCCAGCGCGCCGUCCUCUGCGCGCGCAACACCUCUCUGGCGAUCCGCGUCCGCAGCGGCGGGCACAGCUACGAGGGCCUCUCCUACACCACGGAGAACCACGUGCCGUUCGUGGUGAUCGACCUGUCCAACCUGAACCAUGUCGACGUCGACCCGGGCACCGCCACGGCCUGGGUCGAGUCCGGCGCGACGCUGGGCGAGGUGUACCACGCGGUUGGCCUAUCGAACCGGACGCUAGCCUUCUCCGCCGGGUCGUGCGCCACGGUCGGCAUGGGCGGGCACACGGCCGGCGGCGGGUUCGGCCUGCUAUCGAGGAAGUUCGGGCUCUCCGCCGACAACGUGCUGGACGCCGUCCUCAUCACCGCGAGCGGCGACACGCUCACCCGUGACACCAUGCACCCUGACGUGUUCUGGGCCAUCCGCGGCGGCGGCGGAGGCAGCUGGGGCGUGGUGUACGCGUGGAAGGUCCGGCUCGUCCCGGUCCCCGACAACAUCACCGUGUUCAGCGUCGGCCGCACCGGCCCGGCCGAGCUUAUCGCCGGGCUGAUGCACAGGUGGCAGUACGUGGCGCCGAGCCUCCCCGACGAGUUCUACCUCUCGACGUACAUUCCCACAGUGUCAUCGUCGAACGGCAACCACUCCAUGUCGUUCACCGGCCAGGUCCUCGGGCCGAAGCGUCUUGCCAUGGCGGUGCUGAGCCAGACCUUCCCGGAGCUGGGGCUCGCCGAGGCGGAGCUCUCCGAGGUGAGCUGGCUCGAGUCGGCGGUGAAGUUCGCCGGCCUGAGCACCGUUGCCGACCUCACGAGCCGUCAGCCCGGAGUGGGGCAGUUCUCGAAGAGCAAGUCCGACUACGUCCAGGCACCGAUCUCGAUGCGGGACGCUGUGAAAAUCCUGCGGUUCAUGGCGACAGCCGGGCCGCCGGAGGGGUCCAUCCAGCUGGAUCCCUACGGCGGCGCCAUGGCGAGGAUCGGGAGCACCGUGACGCCUUUCCCUCACCGUGCUGGGUACCUGUACAGCAUCCAGUAUGGCGUCUCGUGGAAAGCGUCGGAUGUCGAUCGUGCGGAUGAGUACAUCGGAUGGCUCCGGUCGUUCUAUGCUUUCAUGGCGCCUUACGUGACGAAGAACCCGCGGGCUGCGUAUGUGAACUACUUGGACCUUGAUUUGGGCACCAAUGACUGGAUGAACGCGACCGGUGGAACGUCCUAUGGCUCUGUGGGACAUGCGGCGUCAUGGGGCGAGCGGUAUUUCUUCAUGAAUUUUGGAAGGUUGGUUCGGGCCAAGACUAAGGUUGAUCCUGGAAAUGUGUUCAACAAUGCACAAAGCAUUCCUCCUUUAUACUCGUAA